ACCACGUCUACGUUGUCAGUACGUGGAGGGGAAGUCGUGCAGCGUGCAGCAUGCUGUAUCACCUGUUGCUGCAGACAGUAAAGACACAACAGUCAGCAGGUGUGUCACCCGGUCAGCCUCACCUUAUUCAGUAUCGUAUUGAUUACGAUAGUGACGUGGACAAGGCAGUUAAGGACUUGUCAGAAGCGGCGAGCGGAGGGCCGUUGUACGUCAUCGUUGAUGAAGUAGGAAGUGAGUUCAGACCUAGUUUCAUGAAAAACCACCUCAACCCUUUCUGUGUGAAACUGUUGUCACGUGUUCCUCGUCUUCACCUGUGGGUGGCAAGUUGUUUCUAUGGAUACCAACCAGCCGGGUGGCAAGUGGAACAUUUAACAAGACCCCUACGCUCUCCACCAGUCGUUGUCAGAGAAGUUGAGCAGGAUGUAAUGUUCACUUCAGUCAUUCCUGUCCGGCCAUACAGUGAGCGUAGUAUGUCCGACCACACAGACGGCCCGCCAGUCAGACGACUGUAUCACCGAGGUCAGGGUCACUCAGGUCACUGGUCAGGGGACUGUGUGACGUGCGGUAGUGAGGUGGCCAGCUUCCUACACAGUCUCCGUCUUGGUGUCACAGAGAGUGGCACUACAACAUCUACAACAGUCUACCCCACCAGCGGCGGCACAACAGCACCCUGUCUACAGUGGAGAGACGUGCUGGUGUUGCACUGGGAUGAUGGUAGUGACAGCUCGGGUAUGGUGAGAGGACUGCAAGAAGCGGGUAUCCCAGUGCGGGUGAUGAAGGAUGACGACAUCGAUGACGUGGCCACGGCCCGCAGUGACGUGGUGUGGGUGGCGCGAGGAGAUCGUGUUCGUGGUCUGGAGAGAAAAGUCGUCGUGUGUCUAGAGGAGACAGUCAGUCCUGAGUACUAUCGGAGAUUUGUUCCUUUUUAUCUCAUGUCACGCUGUACGUCACAACUUGUGGUUGUCUUCCCUGACCACGAGCCACCUGAAGAUGAUGGACAAUAACACACCUGUCAACUUGAGAAUUCAACAAAUUCAACGCAAACAUCUGUUAAUUGCAAACCUCUUCUAAUCGCAUCCAGAUUUUCUUGCUUAUCCAAUUCGCUUUUGUCGUCUUGUUUUAGUGGAGUAUUUUCUUUGUCUCUCUUUCCUUCUAUUGCCGAUAGUAACAUAAAAAAGAAAUGUGUGGCCUGUUUCAACUGAAGUGUAAUGGUACAGAGGAACAAAGUUAUGUAGUAGCAAUGUUGUCAUUUUAUCUACAAACUAAACAUUAUAUAAAAUAGGCAAUCUUCCAUAGAUGUCCUUACCAUAUUACUUGAUAUGCAAGUCAUACAUGGAUGUGUUACUGCUAACAGAAGCUGCUAAGAGUAUCAUGGGUUUCUAAACCUUCUAAGGAUGACCUUCUCUUCCUGCCACAGCCAAUCCCACCUUAGGCAAAAGAAGAGACAUGCCUGUCCAAUCCUCAAUGUUGACAUUUGGCGUGUUAUUAUUUUUAGUGUAUAUGUUGAUAUUUAUUUGUAAAAACUGUUAUUAAAAUAAUGAUAUUUAGUUGUAAAACUAAGCAAUUAUAAACCUUGUCUUGAGUGUGCAGCCGUCUUCUUUCUGCUUACUUGCAAGACAUAGCCCAAGUCCUGUCCGAUCCUUGCUUCAAGGCAACUUGUUCUCCACACGUAAAGAUCGCAAACUCCGCCAAGUUCGGUUCCGUGUGAGAAUAGUCUAAAAAUAACUUUAUUUAUGCAGGUGACUGCAGGACUGGUAUUGCACCUGCUACCUAACGUGAAAUGUUGGUGCUGUUCGUCACGUAAUCAAAAGGAAGUCAUUGCUUAAUGGAGUAUCACUUGACCCUCUGCUUUAAACUGCUUUAAACUGCUUGCUAGAGCAUUAUCGCCUAACGGUUUUUUCAGCUGCUUACCUCGGCCUGUGCCUACAAAUAUCCCCGAAUAUCAUUGACGGGGUAUACAGACGUCUGCCGGCUUUGUCAGGGCAGGUAGAGGCGGCGGACAGACAAGGUUGGGUUGAGGUGACCCAUUACUUUCGCUACCCGACAGAAAAGAAUCUAGGAACCUUCACCUUUUCUCACUUUCUAUAUAAUGAUUUCUUUCUCCAACAAAGAAAAACAGACAAACAUCUCGCACAUUGUUUACGUGCUUACAAGCCUUCUUUUGACAGCAACCUUUAAUCCUGCCUGGUAAAGCGUGUCGAGAAUAAGCUACUUCAGUGUGGUCCCUGAUACACAAAGUUGAAUGUUUAAAGGUGAAAUUCAACCCCCUAUCAACAUGCACAGGCGCAGUUUAUGUGCAGGACAGCUUGUAAAAUGGUGGCUGGGGAGGCGAGAGAAAAACAAACUUUAUCAAGUAUAAGUGGUACAACAAACAUUAAACAUGAUUUUUACAAACUUCUUUCUAUUUAAACACUAAGUGGCUCUAAGGGUCACACAAACGAGGGUGUGAUGGCCCGUCCCUAGAAGGCGGCGCUAAAGUUCAAUAUCUGUCCCUAGAGGCGUCGUCUUUUCUUUGAUAUUGGUGGCUAAUAUAUAUUUGUAGACUCAGGGAGCAUCAGUCCCCAGCCACUGUAGCUGUGUGGUAAGUACAGCACCGUGUGUGAGCGCUGCUAGACACUGACAUUGUGACUACACUAGUAACACUUCUAACGAGUCUCCCUAUAAAGCUGACUACUGACUGAGAAUGUCAAGGAGACAGUGCAUAUCACCGCAUAUCUAAUUUUGAUUAAUUUCAGGUCUUACUAAAUAAUUCCUCUUGACACGAAACAUCCAAUUGUUUGCACUGAAUCUCAGGAAAGAACUGGUUCCACAACUGUCGUAGUUGUAGAGGUUGUAGCUACAAUGACACAAUACAAUAACCAACUUUAUUUGUCCCAAUGGGCAAUUUAAGUGGGAGGUUUGCUGUGUUUUAUUAUAUAAAAAAAUUACAAUUACGAUGCAGUGGAACAGAGAUGUUAACAUUAACAAGAGCAGUGAGAGAUAUGGGCAAGACAUUCCCAGGCACACCUACACCUCACACACACACACACACCGCUGGUAGUUCAUCUGUGAUUGAGUAGCUGGACUGUAGAUGGCACAAAAGAUUUCAGAUGCCUAUUGCUUUUGCAUACUGGCAUGGCAUAGCUUUUACCUGAAUUUAAUAAUACAAAUUCUCCCGCUAGCACAUGUUCAGGUGUUGACAGAAUGCGGGAAGCUUCCCUUACUGGUUGUUGAUCACAGAAGGAAGUCAAGAUAAGUCACGAUAAGCUCUGUGUAUGGCGUCACGUGACAUGUUGACGACGGUGAAAGUUUAUGUUGUCUCUAAGGGAGCAGACUUCACAGUCAGUGUCUUCUGAACGUCUGACCAUGUCUAACCCUUUAUACCGCAAUCGCUGAAUGUUGAGUUUAUUUCUACUGUGGAAGGAAGGUUGGUGGACUUUACAUACUAGUAAAGGUGAUGCGGUCAUGUGAUAAAGUUGUUUAUGUUCGUACAACUGACGGAUGACAGCGAGAUAAGAAAGGACAAGAGCCGUGAAUCGAUUCAAAAGCAAACAGAGGUGUUGAAAGAAGUGAAUGUUACAUUAUCAGCAUGGUUCCAAAUUAGAAGAGAACGCAGGCAGGAGGACCAAAUCUUAGCUUAUUUAUUCAUUCUGUCCGAAGAAAUUCUUGGAUCCUGCGCUGUACAAACAUAUUAACUUGUGUUUUAUAGGUGUACGUAUACAGGUAGUGUAAACAUAUAUUCAAUUGUGUUGUAUAGAAGUCGUAUACAAGUAUUAUUACAUUUAACCACGUGACGUCCUUUUACACGUGACAAUUACAAUGUGAACAAUAAACAUCUAGCUAUAACUAGUGCUGCUUAUGUUUGGUAUCUCAGUUGUCUACCAUCGUCGAGCACAGAAGACAUAACAGCCUGUGUAUGUCCUGUCCUGACAAAGACCGCAGACGACAGUCGCUGAGGGGACACCACUGUCAGCCAUGUCUGGUCCCCCACCGUCGGCACCACAACAGGAAAAGAGCAUGAAAGGAGGUGGUAGAGGAGGAAGUUGUGGAGGUGGUGGCCGGGUCAAAGUUUACCUACAUGCCGUGACCGAUGAGCAGGCUGCACUACUUAAAAAUACAGAAAAUACGUGUUCACUUGACGAGGUGAGGAAAAAGUCAGGUGCUGACAUAAACUUUGAUCCUAACCCCUCACCUGUGCCAGGUAUGAAAAUUAUCCUCAUACGCGGUGUUCCAUCUCAGUUGGAGGAAGCAGUCAAGCUCAUUAAUCAAAUGUUUGAUUCAAAGUUAACAUUAUCAGAACAAGCCCAGACAUUCUGGCUCCAGUGGGUUGAGGCCGCGUUCCCUGACCUCGACUCACGCGCCUACUUCCUGCCUCCUGUCUACUUCAACCGCGUGCCCAUGACUAGACAGGUGACCCCUAGUGCGGAAGUUCUGGUCCUUCCGUCAGCCCUUGGACAUGACAGUCAGUCCAGCCAACCAACGAUGACUUCAUCCACUACUGAAUCCUUCAGUCGUACGCCUCUUCAUGUAAAUGAGAGUGAUACCAGAGGUGAUGCAGCCAUACAGCGAGUUCUCUACUGUUUCAAGAAAAUGUUUGAAGAGAACAGAGAAGUUUUAGUUGGAAUCAGUCAGAUAUUUUUUGGUCAAUACCUGGGUGAACCUUCUUAUGCACCUGCAGUUGCCCAACUCCCCAUCGCCGCCAACCUUCCUUCUGCUCUGCCUCGGAACUGGAAACAAGGAACGUUUGAUGUGCUUCUUAUUCACCGAGAUUAUGGCUUUAUUAUCUGUGAGGUGAAGACCUUCGGUGACAAUACACAAACACUGAAUAUGUCACAGCAGGAUAUAGACAACAAAAUCAGAAAGAAACUGAGAGACGCCGUGUCACAGCUGGACAAGCGGAGGCCAUUGUUGUUCUCACUGGUGUUCCCGACAUC